AUGGCCAACGGUUUUAAUUUAUAUACAGAUUUACAAUAUCGUGGAUUGGAUUUUGUGGCAUAUCGUUUAAAAAGUUUGGAUGAUAAGUAUUUGAAAUUCUUUAUACAGGAAUUAGCAACAGUCACCAAAGAAUUAAAUCAAGCUCGUGAUCAGUUAUUAGAAAGAGAAGAAGAGAUAUCAGAAUUAAAGGCUGAACGAAAUAAUACUCGGUUAUUACUGGAACAUUUAGAGUGUUUAGUAUCCCGGCACGAGAGAUCAUUAAGAAUGACUGUUGUUAAACGUCAAGCAACAUCUCCUGCUGGUGUCUCCAGUGAGGUGGAAGUAUUAAAAGCAUUAAAGUCAUUAUUUGAACAUCAUAAAGCCCUGGAUGAGAAGGUACAAUGUGACUGGUGUCUGGCACAAUGUGACCAGUGUCAGGCACAAUGUGACCAGUGUCAUGCACAAUGUGACCAGUGUCAGGCACAAUGUGACAAGUGUCCAGUACAAUGUGACUGUCAGGUGCAAUGUGACUUGGUGUCAGCUUUUGACAUAGAACAAGGGCUGGAAUAG